GUAGGGUAUAGACGUGUGUUGUCAAACAAGAAAAUUAUGUCAAAGUUUUAACUUUAAAAUGGUUUAAGAUCUGAUCAAUUGAAGCCAAGACGCUGGAUUCUAUGCAACACAAAGGUUGUCAUCAGUGAAAGUAAAAGUGUGUGAAUAUGCAAUCCCUCGUCUCGGACAGCGUCAAACAGUUAUGUUGAGUAGUUUUAGGAUACGCAUAUAAAGAGCUGGAUUUCGGCAGCACUGCCUGAGGCAGAUCAACAUCAUGAAGUUCUUUCAUCAGCUUCAAGUUCUUCUGUGGAAGAACUUCGUGUUGAAGAAGAGAAGUCCUGUGACAACGAUAUUUGAAACCCUCAUCCCGUUGGUGCUGUUUGUUAUACUCCUCUUCAUUCGAAGGAAGCAGCCAUCAAUACCUGUGGGUCAAACCUACUUCUCAGCGAUGCCACUACCAUCCUCUGGAAUCAUUCCUGUUUUACAGACGUUCUGUCCGUCGUAUGAAAGGGACCCGUUUGGAUUCCCUAAUCAUCCAAACUCUGGGGUUGAAAAUUUCCUAAACCAACUUGACAAAGUAGUGAAAGAGAAUAACCUCUUCAAUGAUGAGUUCUCAUUGGAGCACAUAGCUGUAGAACUGGACGCCUUCCAUCAACUCAUAGGAGAUGAUAGGUCCAUAGAGCAACACUUUGUAGAUGCCCAAGACUUUAGUUUGGGUGAUAUUCUGAAAAAUGCAAGCGAUCUGGAAUCCUACUUUGUCCGUAAUCUUAGUAUACCAAGAUCAGAUGCUCGGCAAAUUCUGGACAAAAAUCUCAAUGUGACGGAGCUCUUCAACUUGCUGUAUGGCUACCACCCUGAGGAUACACCAACUCCCCUCAAUGCAACCUUGAUGUCUUACAACAUCACUGACUUCAAGACAUUCCUUAACCAUCGACUGAAGAGCCAGUGUUGUGGGGCAGUCUUCAAACGUCUGCCGAAUGAUCAGCUGUAUAGCUUUGAUGGAUUGCUGGGUUUACUGACUCUGCAACCAGUGGGUCUCCUCACCAAGCUGCAGCAGGAUCCAGGUUUUGGUCCGUCACUUAACGGCACAAAUCCUGAUGUUGCCAUGCAGCUAACUAAACAGUACAAGAGAGUACUGCUUGGUCCUGCAGAGCUACAGGACGUCAUGUGCAAUAAAGACACAAUCACAGCACUCUACGACACAGAUACUGGACAAUUAAACAACUCAGGCCAUGUCAUGAAUGAUCUGUGUAACAGGCAAGAUGCUCCCAUUGUGUUUGAGCAGUUAUCAGAGGUCUUAAAGGAGCAGUUAGACUCUGAUGCCCUGCUUGAAAAGCUAAAUAUAACGAGUGAUGACCUUGUCGAGACUAGAGUUAAAGCACUAGCUGUUAUAACAGAGCUUCAUAAGUUUGCAAAAUUCCAAGAAACGUUGAAGGAUCUUUAUAACUUUGCGCUGGACCUGCCUGGAGAUAGCUGUCCUGAGGACUCCCUCCCAACCACGAUGGAAACCCCACCCACAUCAACAACCGAUUACACUUCAGCUAUGAAAUCAUCCACCUCUACUCAGACAACCCAUGACAAUGAUUGGGAUGCUGACACAAACUCUUCUGGCUUGUUCGAUGAUGAUAUGUACAAUUCAACAACACCUAGAAUGAGUUCAUCAACAUUCAAACCUGAACCAUGGAUUGAUCUUGAAAUUUCGGAGGAAAGAAAACCAGAAAACCCCAUAGAUGAGAAAUCCCAGAAACUUGGGCAGCUUUACAGGCUAUGGGCUAAGAUGCAGUAUGGUCUGUGUGGGGAAAGGUUAAAGGUCAACGAUGAAGCCCUCGCUAAGGGAGACUUUAAAGCUAUGCAUCUCAAUAACCAUCAGAAGAAGAGUCUUGGUCUUCUACUUCAUGUCCUCUUCAGUCAUCCUAAGAUCUUCUAUGCGCCUAACACGACCGACGUCAAUGACUUGAUUGAUAAGGCAAGUGACAUGAUCCACAUGAUGCAGAACAUCACAAACUAUGCACGACUCUGGAGGAACAUCUCUAGGGAGAUACGAACCUACAUGCACAUGGAUUCCACCCAGCUCGCACUCAACUGGCUCGGACAAAUGGAGCAAGAUUUCUCCAGUCAUCCCAUGCUCCUUCAGAACAUCACCAUGGUAACCUCAUCUGACCUAGCGGAGCUCCUGAUCAAUGAUUCCUACAUUAACGUAACGAGUAUUGAGCAGCAUCUUGACGUCAUUGAUAACGCUGCGUGUGGAUGGCUGAAUCUAGCUGGCUCGGUUGACUUCAAUAUCUAUCAGGCGUUCGCUGAUGAAGAGUCGUUGAUAGAGUACAUCUUGAACGAUGCACUGGAAGAAAAUGUGACUGUCUUUGCUAGUCUCGUGUUUGAAGUGGAUGAUGAGGGUAAGUUACCUCCCCACAUUGUCUACAAGAUCCGCCAGAACGCCUCAUUCACUGAUCGUAGCGAUCUGAUUCGUCGACGAUUCUGGGCUCCCGGCUCGAAUCAUAAAUCAACGUUGGGGUACUACACAUUUGGCUUUGUGUGGAUACAAGAUAUCAUUGAGAGGGCCAUUGUGAAUAAAUGGGUCGGACGUAGAGUGGUGGAACCAGGGAACUAUGUCCAGGAGUUUCCAUACCCGUGUUAUAUCAGAGACAAUUUUAUGUUCAUUAUUGAGCACAUAAUGCCGAUGAUGUUAAUCGUAUCCUGGGUGUACUACGUAGCUAUGUUUACUCAGAGUAUCGUCUAUGAGAAGGAGGCCAGACUCAAAGAGGUGAUGAAGAUGAUGGGUCUUAGCAAUGCUGUCCACUGGGUAGCUUGGUUCAUCGUUGGCUUCACUCAGAUGUCUGUUACCAUCGGUGGUCUCGUCUGCAUCUUACACAUUAGUAAUAUCCUCGUUCAUAGCAACCCAUUCAUCAUCUGGCUAACAAUGACUGUCUUUGCCAUGGCAACCAUUUGCUUCUGUUUCCUUGUGAGUGUACUGUUCUCUAAAGCCAAGCUAGCUGCAGCUUGUGCAGGUAUCAUCUACUUCACGAGUUAUGUUCCCUGUCUAUAUAUCGCUAUAAGAGAGGAGAGCUUGGCGUACGUUGAUAUAUCCAGCACCCUCAAGACCUGUGUGUCUCUACUGUCUACCACUGCCUUUGGUCUUGGUGCUCGCUACUUCGCUCUGUAUGAAGAGAAUGGUGAGGGAGUCCAAUGGAAUAACAUCGACAGGAGCCCAGUGGAACAUGAUUCAUUCAAUUUGCUACAAGUUAUCAUUAUGAUGCUAGUGGAUAUAGUGAUUUACUGCUUACUGGCAUGGUAUAUUGAAGGUGUACAUCCAGGAUCAUACGGUCUACCCCGACCAUGGUACUUUCCACUUCAGCAUUCUUAUUGGUUCGGCCAUCGUCAUGGAGACCAGGAACACACAUGUUGUUUUGAUUGUUUGAUCAACUGCUGGAAAGGUCGACCUGCCCCGCUGUCUGUAAUGGAAGAACUUCAAGCCAGCGCCAUGGAGAAUAUGCCCAAUGGUUUGUACAUGGAGGCAGAUCCUACACAUCUACCCCUUGGUGUGAAAAUUGAACAUCUUAGCAAGGUUUACAAGAAGGGAGGCAAAAGAGCCGUCAAUAAAUUGAGUUUGAACUUCUACGAGGGUCAGAUUACGUCUUUCCUGGGUCACAACGGAGCUGGGAAAACCACCACAAUUUCCAUUUUAACGGGACUGUUCCCACCCACCUCCGGCACGGCACACAUCUACGGAUCUGACAUACGCACCGAUAUGACAACAAUACGCAAAAGCCUUGGCAUGUGCCCUCAACACAACGCCCUCUUUGAUAAACUUACAGUGGAGGAACACAUAUGGUUUUACUGCCUGCUAAAAGGCAUGGCCAACUCUAGCAUCAAGUCUGAGAUCACUAGGAUUAUCACUGACAUUGGACUAUUGAAGAAGCGUCACCAAGUAGUGAACAAUCUCUCUGGUGGUAUGCAACGUAAACUCUCAGUAGCUAUAGCGUUCGUUGGAGGGUCUCGUACUGUGAUAUUGGAUGAGCCUACAGCAGGCAUUGAUCCAUGUGCACGCCGCGCCAUCUGGGAUCUUCUCAUCAAAUACAAGCAAGGCCGUACUAUCAUCCUUUCAACUCAUCACAUGGACGAGGCGGACAUUCUCGGAGAUCGCAUCGCCAUCUUGUCUCAUGGACAAAUCAAGUGUGUCGGAUCCUCGAUGUUCUUAAAGACCACCUUCGGGGAUGGGUACCAGUUGACCUUAAUCAAGAAGCCACUUGGACUUAACGAGAACGUUAACCGGUCGACUUCAACAGAGGCACAGCAGAGAAACGAUUCCUUUGUUUCUAACUGCUCUGAGGAAGAUGUAGGGAGGUUCAUCCGACUACACGUCCCUGGAGCAACGCUGUCUGCAGAAACCCUUCGAGAGCUGACAUACACGCUUCCUCUGGAGGCAGAAGAGGAAGGGACUCUAACAACGUUAUUGGAGGAGCUUUCUGAUGAGAAACUGGAAGGUCUUAAUCUGUCUGGGUAUGGCUUGAUGGAUUCCUCACUAGAGAAGGUGUUCUUGAAGGUAGCUGACAAGUACGGAGUGAAUAGAUUAGAUGGAGAUUCCGAUGGCCAGACAUCUUUAUCGUCGGAUUACUCAACAACAGACCAUCCCCUCCUGGCACAGUCAUCAAAUGCUACAGCCACACCCCAUGGAGAAGUGGAACUGUCCAGUGUUGGUGGAAUGCAUCAUAGUGACAGUGCAUCAGAGGACCUCUUCUUUGGGGAAUUCCAUUCUCAGACUAGGGAUGGUUAUAGUCAGUUGCCACAGGAGGAAACACAAAAUGCAACUCAUGGGUAUCUUGAAGAUACCAGUUCCUACCUCCUAACUGGACUCUUCCUCCAGUGCAGCCAGUUCCGAGCCCUCAUGGUUAAACGCUUUCACUACACAAGACGCAACUGUAAGAGUCUAUUCACCCAGCUCAUCCUGCCAGCGUUCUUCGUCAGCAUCGCUAUGAGCGUUGCACUCUCCGCCCCCCAAGUUGGCAACUUCCCUCCUCUAGUGUUGACACCAUCGCAGUAUCACCCUUUGACCUAUCCUGAUGAUACAUAUUCAUUAUAUGCAAAUGAGGCUUUGAAUAGGAGGCGGACCUAUCAUAUUUAUCGGUCGGUUGAUGGGGAUGCAGAUCCAACACAGCUGACAGCAACCUUCAGAUUUCCAGCUGGGAUCGGAGGGAGCUGUGUCAUAAAGACUCCAUGGAAUGGCACUUUAGAUAGACUUGUUCAGUCCAACAACUACUCCUCUAGCGUCAACCUCCGUGGGAAGUACUUUGAUAGAAUGUGUGAGGAGUCCUUUAAGAAAGGGGAGCCGCUGUCUAACUACGUCCCUAAGCCACCGCAACCACUGCCCCCACCGGAGGAGUCUGAGUUUGAUGGUGAUGAGUCAUUUAAGCAACCUGAGGGGAUGUCGUACAUCAAGGAAAAAACAUGUCAGUGUGCUGAGGAUGGCAAUGGGUUUGUCUGUCCACCGAAUGUUGGCGAGCCGGUGCCAGACAAGAAGAAGGUUAUAACGAGUGACAUUCUAUUGGAUGUCAGCGGCAGAAACAUGUCUGAAUAUAUCAUCUACACCACUAAUAAAUUUAGACUCAGAAGAUAUGGAGGUAUUUCAUUUGGUAAUGUACGAAGUUUUGUCCCAUCAAAGUAUGGAAACAUCGUUCCUGAUACAUAUCGCAGUAUUGCAGUACGAAAUGCUGCCAUUGCUUGGUACAGUCACAAAGGAUAUCAUUCCCUACCCAUCUACCUCAACGUACUCAAUAAUGCCAUCUUACGAGCAAACCUUGACCCUAGUAUCCAUGGUAACCCAUCUGCAUAUGGCAUCACUGUCAUCAAUCAUCCGGUGAAUAAGACAGGAUGGCAGCUUGAGGAAGAAUUUGUUAACCGUGAGUCCACCAAUGUACUGAUUGCCAUCUUCAUCAUCGUUGCUAUGUCCUUCGUACCGGCUGGCUUCGUUGUCUUCCUUGUGAUUGAACGCUCCACUAAGGCUAAGCAUCUACAGUUUGUCAGUGGCACCAGACCACUCAUUUAUUGGGUCUCCAACUUCAUAUGGGAUAUGAUGACGUAUCUCCUGCCAGCCACGUGUUGUAUCCUGAUAUUGAUAUUGUUUGACCUGCCAGCUUACACAUCCUCAACCAACCUUCCGGGGGUCAUUGUACUCUUUCUACUCUAUGGGUUUUCCAUGACUCCCAUCAUGUAUCCGGCAUCCUUCUUAUUCACUGAGUCCAGCUCAGCCUUUGUUACCCUCAUUGUCUUAAAUCUUUUCACUGGUGUCACUACUCUCAUCACUACAUUCAUUUUGGAAAUCUUCAACACAGAUUCGAAUCUGGAGAAUAUUUACUCGAGUCUGGAUGAAUUAUUCCUGAUAUUUCCCAACUACUGCCUCGGCAAAGCGCUCAUGGAUCUGUCGUUUAAUGAGUACAUGAACGAGUAUUACUACAUGAUUGGAAUGAACAAAGAAAUGAAGAGUCCAUAUCGAUGGGAGUUGUUAUAUCGAACCUUUGUCAUCAUGGCCACUGAGGGCAUACUUGCAUUUCUAUUUACACUGCUCUGUGAAUAUCGUUUCUUCAUCAAACCAAGGCGCAAGAAAUCCUCAAAGAAAUUAUCCAAUGAUGAGACUGAAGAAGAUAAAGACGUCUUGGAUGAGAAGGAAAGAGUCUUGAGUGGGCAGGCAAGAAAUGAUGUAUUGUGCAUCAAAAAUCUCUCCAAGAUGUACAAGACAAAACGAUUUGGAUCUCAUCUUGCUGUAGACAAACUCUGUCUGGGAGUUCCACAAGGCGAGUGUUUUGGAUUACUUGGUGUGAAUGGAGCAGGGAAGACUACAACCUUCAAGAUGCUAACUGGGGAUGUAUCCAUCUCAGAAGGGGAUGCCUUUCUCAGAAGUCACAGUGUAUACAAGGACAUGCUGAAGGUGCAACGUUUGAUUGGUUACUGCCCUCAGUUUGAUGCACUCUUUGAUGAGUUAACUGCUCGGGAACACCUGAGACUCUACGCUAGACUCAAAGGCAUCCAAGCUCGGCAACAGAAGCAGGUUGUUGAUUGGGCGAUACAACGAGUAGCUCUAACUCAGUACGCAAAUAAGCCAGCGGGCACAUACAGUGGAGGAAAUAAACGCAAACUAUCAACAGCUAUUGCGCUGCUUGGCCAUCCUCCGGUAAUUUACAUGGAUGAACCAACAACGGGAAUGGAUCCACACUCUCGGAGAUUCCUUUGGGAUUUAAUUCACUCCAUCGUCAGAGAAGGAAGAUCUGUCAUACUCACAUCACACAGUAUGGAGGAAUGUGAGGUACUCUGUACCCGUCUUGCCAUCAUGGUAAACGGAGAGCUAAGAUGCCUUGGCAGCGCCCAGCAUCUUAGGAACAAGUUUGGAGAUGGGUAUUCCAUAACCAUCAGGGUCAAAGGUCACAAACCUGACCUCCGACAUGUGAUAAACUUUAUCGGCCGGAUGUUCCCACAUGCAGUCCUGAAGGAAGAGCAUCACAGCAUCUUACAGUACGAGAUUCCACUUGAGAACGUCUCACUACCAGAGUUAUUCAGUAAGCUUCAAGAUGCUCAGGACAUGCUGCAGAUUGAGGACUUCUCUAUCAGCCAAACCACACUAGAUAAUGUGUUCGUAAACUUUGCCAAACAGCAACUAGAAAAGCAGGAUGUGAUUGACUCAAACAAGCUACGCCGCAGACGUAAACAGCGUCAGAUGAAGAAGAUGAACAAAACCGAGAUGGAACCUCUUCUACUAGACGAUGAGUUCCUACUCCAAGAUGACAACGAGGAUGCCCCUUUCCAAAACUCAAGACGGUCGUUAUCACGACAGCUGAAGAAGAAAUUCUGUCGACCAUGGAGGAUGCUGAGGAGGAACUGUAGCGUGACGCAAGAACCAGUUUCUUUUGAAGAUGAGGAGUUCUACGGGCAGGAAUCGGACGAUGAUCUCUUACUAGAUAUAAGCAGCUGCGGAGGCAAUAGCGGACUAAGAGACAGAAACAAUGACGCGGAUGACGAUGAUGAAAUACUACAACUUGAUGAGUCUCAUUUGAUUCCGAAGAAAAGGGACCUGACAAGAUCCAAACAACCAAGAAUCAGUACAAAUAGAUUGGGAAGUUCUGCAGAUAAUGCCUGCUCACAAUUUGAUUUUGAUGUAGAUAGGGAGCACCUACUGACAGACCAUGAUGAUGAUGAUGAUCCUAUGCUGCCAUUAAAUGAAACAACAGUUAGGUUAUCCUUGAUGGACAUGGAAGCAUGAUGAAGCAUAAGGGAUGUGUUCUAUUCCAAAUCAGCCUCUGAUGAUUAAGAUGUAGACUGCCAUUUGUAGAUAAGAUCACAUCAACUACAAGUACCAGCUGCAACCUGGGUUGAUGUAGAGUAUAAUCAGUAUUUUUAGAGCUAUUUUUACAAUGAUACAUUGCAAUAUGUUGGCUCAGUAGUGUGGAUAGGGCUAUAGUGGUCAUGAAACAACAUAUUCUUGAGAUGGGCACAGUCAAGUAGUCUCUUGUGAGAGAUGCUCCAACGGCGUACAAUGUGCGCAAUAGAAUUUCAGUCACAAAGCGAAGAUACACCGCUCUAGAUAGCUUGAAUUUUAAACUUAAAGGGCGUGUCGUGGUGGUAAGGUUUAAAAAUAAUAAUGUUUACUAUUUUCACAUAACUUAAAUGGUGCAAUGUUGGACAUGGUGGAAAACUUCCUUUGAAAUAUUUUUGUCUGAAAUGCUAGAGUUUUUGAGAAAAAAGUAAACAAUAAGUUAGGAUCUGACAAGUCUGAAAUCGGAUAGUUGAAAUCAGUGAAAAAAUCUUCUGUGUGACUCAUUGAGCUUAUCUCAUUACAAGUUUUGGUAUGUGUAUUGAAUCUCACAUGUAGUGGUUGCACCUAUAGUGAAGAUUUGCAUAUUGCAAAAGUAUAUUGACCAAUGACCAGUUGAGUUACAUUUUCCUCAUGAAUAUGCAGUAGUCAUAACUUUUACUAACUAGAAAUAUUGACCAUGAAUAUGCAUAAGAUGCCCCUCACCUAUUCAGAAUUGACCAAUGAAACAUGUUUAUAUGCUCAUGAAUAUGUAUGAUGUGUAGAGUGAUUUUAUGCAUGUUCUAAAACAAUGCACCUUGACUGUUUUUACAAUGACAUAAAAACGAAGUAAUGUAAUCAAGUGAAAAAUUAUGUUGUACUCAAAAGUUCUAAGUGAAGAAAAAGUAGGAUUGUUCAUACUUUACAGUGUUGCAAUAUAACAUUAGACAGGUACUUUUGUUGGUACCCGUCUAAAUUUCAAAGAAAACUGAAAGAUACCCUCGGGGGUACAUGGAUAUUUGUUUAAUUAGGAUUAGGAAAAAAAGUUAUGCUUUAGAUUAGAUUACUUUAAAAAUUUAAGAAAACCUUUCCCUGCAGCUUUAAUUUACUACAAACUUCUCCGCCCCCUGACCUAUCAUUGCAACCCCCAUACUGUCGUGGGGUUGAAUUUAUAGAAGUAUUUAAUACAAAUGGAGUCCUUAAUAACUCAAACUUUUUCCUUGACAAUAUUUAUUUAUUAUUUAUUGAAAGAUCAAAAUACUAGCUGCUCUUUUUAGUCUUUGCUGAACUUUUAGAAAGUAUGUGUGUGGGGAAAACACUAUACUGCUGGACUUGGGUCGUGAUGGCUGUACCUAUUGCAUUAAGCGGUCAACCAAGCAUAAAUCUCGGUCAUUGACACUUUGAGUCUGUGUUUAAAUUACCUGACUCUGGCUACAGCUAUGGAUGUUGCUUAGGAUGUUGCUAUGGAAGUCCUAUGCUUCAAUGCAUGAUGACUUGUUGAGCCAGCCAUAGCCAUAUAGGGUGUUGCUAUAGAAAUCGUAUGCUUCAAUGCAUGAUGACUUGUUGAGCCAGCCAUAGCCAUAUAGGGUGUUGCUAUGGAAGUCCUUUGCUUCAAUGCAUGAUGACUUGUUGAGCCAGCCAUAGCCAUAGUCAGAGCUGGCAGUUGAGACAGGGCCUGUUCCAGAUACCAAGAAUGAUCAGUGCAUCUGUGUGCUUUUUAAGAGCUAUUUAUAAUGGUACUAAGUAAAGUAUUUAUUAUAUUUUGGUGAGCUUGUUUCAAUUGCAAUGUUCUAAACACCAGUAUUAUGUAGGCUUCUAAUAGUAAAAUAACACUAGUAUAAAAUAUUUAUGAGCCAAACCCGUAGGUGUUUAAACUAUUAAAUUGUGUUCAACCUGUGCUAAAUUGAUCUUUAAUAAUGGGUUUUGUAUUUUAUAGAAACAGAUUCUUGACAACUGAAUAUUUUUUUAUUUGAAAUGUAGGCUUUGCGCGCUGCAUAAGUACUAUUAAUAGAUAGUCAGUUGCUAGAUGAGUUUGGUCACAUUGUUUCAGUGUAGGCCUAUUUUAGGACAAGAACAACAACAAAAUCGCUUAGAGUUGUUCAGGUUUUUUUUUACUGAUCCUACCCAUGAUUUUGACCAAUUAGGCUUUAAUUUAUUAAUUAAUUGGUUUGAUUAAAAUAAGUGCACAUGCCGCAGGUGCUCAAUUGAGCAUCUCAAUUAAUUAUUGUGAAAUAAAAAUUCUAUCUAUUUCUUUUGAGAA